AUGCACUUGAAGCCGGUUCCCAUAACCAGGGAGUCCAGGGCCAAAUCGGCCAAUGCAAGGGCGCCGAAGCUGCCCAAUCGUCCAACGCUCUUGAUCCGAGCGUGCAUGGACAUUGUCGUCGCCAACAGGCGUAACCGGGUUGCCAGGGAUGAACCUUUCCCUGUCGCUCUGGGACGCUUCCCAUACCAAGCUGCAAACCCAUUCGUCGAUCCUCAACGCACGAGGACCGAGGCCUUUUAA